UCACAUGCAAGGCAGAGAUUAAAUAGUUUAUGUGGGCUCACACAACCCUAUGCAUUAUAUUCCACAAUUAUUUCAUCUCCAAUAAUUGCACUUUGGUUAUGUCACACUAUUCUAUGUUAUACACUUGUAUUGCUCAAACCUCAAAAAAUAAUCCUUUGCACCAUCUUUCUUUCUCUUCAAAAUGUGGAGCUCUCUCCCCUUUGAUCUCCUUGCCAACAUCUUCUCCUUCCUCUCACCUGACUCCUUGGCUCGUGCUAGGUCUGCUUGCCGGCAUUGGCACACGUGUGUUGAUGCAUACCCUCUAAGCCUAGCUCCAUCCAUGCUCCACCACCACCCACCGUGGUUUGUAGCUCUUCCUACACGUAACCGUGAACCGUGCUGUUAUGUUCAUAAUCCGGUUACCAAGAGGUGGCAUAUGUUAUCUCUUGAGUUUUUGUCUGAUCCAUUCCGACCCAUUACUUGUAUCAGUGGCCUGAUCCUUCUAAAAGCUACAAAAUCUACAAUUCUUAGUUUGGCCAUGUGUAAUCCUUUCACUAGACAAUUUAGGCACCUUCCGUUGUUGAACAUUGCAAGGACUAAUCCAGCAGUUGGUGUUGUCAUUCUAAACUCAAGCCAACAUUUCAGAGUCUACGUGGCAGGUGGAAUGUCAGAGGCUUCACGCGGUGGCGCAACAUACGAGCCUACAUUGGAAAUGUAUGAUUCAAGGCACAACACAUGGAAAAUUGCAGGGUCCAUGCCGGUUGAAUUCGCAGUGAGACUGACAGUUUGGAGCCCAAACGAAAGUGUCUAUUCUAAUGGGAUUCUUUAUUGGAUUACAUCGGCUAGGGCCUUUAGUAUGAUGGCCUUUGAGAUCGAGUCCAACAAAUGGCAAGAAGUGAGUGUGCCCAUGGCGGAUAGGCUCGAAUUCGCCACAUUGGUGCAGCGCAGUGGACGGUUGACACUUGUUGGCAGCACAGGUGGUGGGGAAGCCUUUGUAUGGAAGCUGAAUAAAGGAGAUAUUUGGUGUUUAAUAGAGAAGGUACCUGUCGAGUUAGGAGUAAAACUAUUAAGGGGUAAGGCAAGUUGGGGCAGUAUUAAAUGUGUGGGUGGUGAAGGGGCUAUUUGCUUGUACAGAGACCUUGGGUCAGGAAUGUUGGUCUGGAGAGAAGUCAGGGAGAAGGGUAAAUGGGAAUGGUUAUGGGUUGAAGGGUGUUGUUCAAUUAAUGGUAAACAAGUGGAAAACAUUUCAGUUAGAGGUCUACUUAUUCACCCAAACCUUGCUUCUUCGUGCGCUUUCAGUAUAUGAUUAAUGACAAAUGUCAUUCUCAGCAUGACUCCACCGAUUGUUGCCUUGAUUUGCUUCUGUUCUUAUGGUUUUUAUGCAUAUGUGGAGAGUGGAGAGUGGAGAAGGGAGAAUGCAUCCAUGAUCCAAUGUAAAUAUGUAGAGGUCAGUGGCAAUGGCAAAUGGAAUGUACAAUUGUGUCUUCUACAAAAAGUAUGGUAUUUCUUUAUAUAAUUAUGUUGUUUUUCUUGUAAA